ACUGCACAGAGCUGACACUCUGUGGCACUGAGAGGGGUGGCACUACACACACCAGCUUUCCCUGUACCCAGGUUCACAUUUAAAAUGAAUGAAUGUACAGUGAUUCACACAAAAACAUGUUGACAUGUACAGACACUUGUAUGUGUACACAUCAUAUUGUCUGAAUAGGGUUGGUCUGCCUGUAAUCUGAAUCUCCUCAUGCAAACAAGGUACAAAUACAUGCUGCGGAGGCAUCGGAUCUUCAUUUAUCUAUGCUAAGCCACCAUUACAGCUUGAAGUACUGCUGGUGGAGAUGCAGGAUCCAAAUUCUGGCAUCAAAAUGCACACCCAGAGGGUCAUGAUCACCAACAUCCCACAUGCUAUGACUGGUUCUGAUAUAUUACAGUGGAUUAUGCAGCGCCUGCAGAUUACCAAUGAAGAGGCACUCAGCUUGGGAAGUAUAAUUAUCAAGUAUGGCUACGUCUAUCCUCUUCAGGAGCCGAAGAAUCUCUCUCUCAAACCAGACAGCAGCCUCUACAGAUUCCAAACACCCUACUUCUGGCCAACCCAGCAGUGGGCAGCAGAAGACACAGACUAUGCAAUCUACCUAGCCAAGAAAAAUAUUAAGAGAAAAGGAAUUCUAGAAGAAUAUGAAAAGGAACAUUACAAUGCGCUGAACAAGAAAAUCAACCACAAAUGGGACUUUGUUGUUAUGCAGGCCAAAGAACAGUAUAGGACUGGAAAAGAACGAACGAAGGCGGAUCGGUAUGCUUUGGAUUGUCAGGAGAAAGCCUAUUGGCUAGUGCAUCGAACACCUCCAGGGAUGCAAGAAACACUUGAGUAUGGCUUAGACCGAGUGACUGAUCCCAAUGAAGAUCAGAAAAAAACCAUGGAUGUUUACAGGAGAGAGAUCAUGUACUACCAGCAGGCCAUCAUGAAGACUACAGUGAAGUCAUCUGUCUCCCUGGGAGGAAUAGUUAAGUACAGUGAACAGUUCCGCUCCAAUGACCCCAUCAUUUCUGGAUGCCUUCCUAGCAACCCCUGGCUCUCAGAUGAUGUGGAUUUUUGGGAGCUGAAUGCAAAGCUGGUUGAAACCCCGACAAAAGCACGAGUGGAAAGAUGGGCCUUCAAUUUUAGUGAGCUGAUGAGGGAUCCCAAAGGCCGCCAGAGCUUCCAGCUGUUCCUGAAGAAAGAGUUCAGUGGGGAAAAUCUGGGAUUUUGGGAAGCUUGUGAAGAUCUGAAGUAUGGAGACCAAUCCAAGGUGAAGGAAAAAGCAGAAGAAAUUUACAAAACUUUCUUGGCACCAGGAGCAAGACGCUGGAUCAAUAUUGAUGGCACCACUAUGGGUAUCACAGUCAGAGGCCUCAAACACCCUCAUCGUUAUGUCUUAGAUGCUGCACAGACUCAUAUUUAUAUGCUCAUGAAAAAGGAUUCUUAUGGUCGCUAUUUAAAGUCUCCGAUAUACAAGGAAAUGUUGUCCAAGGCAAUUGAACCACAAGAAGCAGUGAAAAAAAGCUCUAAUAAUCCAUUUGCUCGCAAAGUUCUCCGAUCCAGCCCCAGCCCUGUCAUCCUAAGACAGCAGGAAGAAGAAGCCAAGGCAAAAGAAGCAGCAGCCAAUGUGGACAUCACCCAGCUGUGCCAGUUCACUGUUCCAGUUCCCCACCUGGCUGUUUACACUGGUACCUCUGAUCCUCUGUCUCCUUCCAAUACUCUUCCUUCCUCCUGCCAUGCCCAGCUGAGUGAUCUUCCUCUUCAGUGCUCUGGGCACAUCAGUCUGCCAAACAGCACUAGCUGCCCCUCACCUAUUAGUGUAGCCCUAGACAGCAACCCUGUCGUGGAUAGGAAUUGGGAUGGCAGCGGGCCUAGUUCUCAUCCCUUUCCUUCUAUCACCGAAAAUGCUGAGAUCUCCUUGGAUUCUGAACCAAACACUUGCCCCAGCUCCCAGAGCCCUCUGAGUUCUUCUGAGACCAAGCUGUUGCCCAAGACCCGGAUGACCUUGUCCCUCAGCAGGUUCCUGAAACGGGGAUGUUUGAACUCACCAGUCUUUGCAACAUUCUCACCCAAGUGCCCUGCCAAAGUGACUCAUGGGAAAGUGCAGCCACUAGAUGAUCUGGACCACCACCACCACCACCAGAAGGUCAAAAAAGUGUCCAACUUCUUCCAGAUAAAAGUGGACAUUCCUUUGGAAAGCAAAAUCUACCCAAUAGACUCUGAGGAAGAAGAGGAGAACAGCCACUGGGCUUGCAAAGAUUCUGCAAAAGAGGUUAUCUGCCCAUGGGAAAAAGCUGUAUAACAAGGAGUCUUCGAGGCUCUUAUGAUGUGACCCACUUUAAAAAGGCUAAAUUUUUCCUGGCCCUGAAUCAGCAGGUAUAAUCACCUACAGUUUGAUGGAUGAAUCAUGCUGUUAAAAGGAGUGUAUUAGAAUAAUCAAUGAGAAUCAUCCAGCAUCAAACCACGUGGGUUAUAAAUAAUAAAUUGAGGUUCAUAUUUCUUUCAACAUUCAGAAAUUUAA